AGAGCAGCGUAGAAUAGCUUAAAGACCGUGGCGGUACCCGAGGUUCAUACAUAAGUGCCAGAGUCAUGAGAAGACUCGGAAUUCCCACUUCCGCACUGUAAACAGCUGUGCACGGCAAUGAACUCCCUUGACGACUCAGACGUGCUUCAGCUCGGACGGGUGCUUUGGAGCCUCAAUUAUGCCAAUGUGGCUGUAACUUCGUUCUGGGCAUAUGACUACUUCCUCACCUUGGCCGACGAGGUUGCAUUUUUGACUCAGUCACGAUGGAAAUGGGCGAAGCUGCUUUACAUUGGCUGCCGAUACCUUACCUGCGGUUACUUGUCAUCGGUGAUGCUUGUGGCAUUGCAACCCAGGAUGUCGAUUGAGACGUGUCACAGGUUGUACUAUAUAAACACAUAUACAGGAUGUGUGAUCAUGGCGUGUGCCGAGGGUAUCUUCUUGACUCGCGCUUGUGCAAUUUGGGAACUUAGGAGGCGCGUAAUAGCUAUGCUCGUGAUCAGCCUCGGAUUACUAUACCUUGUUGCUAUCCACGUGGUGCUCUCAAUCAGCCGAUCUGCUGCACCUGAGAUUACUAAGUCUCCCAUCCCUGUCACGAGCUGCUUUGAGACUGGUGAUGGCAGCACCAUCAUAAUCAUCUACGUGAUACUGGCUGGGAUGGAGAUACAAAUAUGGAUAUUCAUGCUAUACAAGGCCAUAGCAAGCUACUGGCGAGAGGGAACCCACAAUCGCCUGCUGGGACAACUGGUUCUUCACAAUACGAUUUUCAUGACCUGCGGACUGAUCUCCUCACUCGCAGUCAUAUUAACGACAGCACUUUUCAAGGAAUAUUAUGGUUUCAUGAUUGUGAAGUUUGUACGCAUCUGGCAAGUCACUAUUCAUGCCUUUCUUGUCACAAGGAUGUCUCGUGGACUCUGGAAAGUAGACCAGCAGCGUGCCUCAUUAGAAUCCUUACAUACAUUUUCACCUGAAGCAUUAACUCAGGUGUGAAAUUCUGUCUUUCACCCCUUUCUCUUCAUCCUUUUCGAGGAAUGAACUGGUAUGUCUAUCACCCGUCACGACAUAUUAUAGGCAUGUCCAGUGAAACAGCGCUCCUUAAGAGGUUGAUAGACCUGAAUUGCAUAUUGGCUGUGCCUGACCUAUAAGUAUCUAAGAGUAUGAACGUCAUUCGAACAGGAUGCACUAGGAUAGUUUCCUGAAGCUGA